ACUUGGCCGACUGGACUCUUCAACCAAACCGCAGUUUGCGGUGAAAUCAUGUUCAGGAUGGCUGGGACCAAAAGAGCAAGUGAAUCUGUGGAUUCGAAGUCGUCCAAAAAGUUGAAGCCUAUUAAAGAUUUCCCAAACAAGGCCAAAUCUGCAGACGAUUCUGAAGACCUCGCAGCGUUCGACGAAGAGCCUCAGCAAGAUGGAUCGAACAAGAAUAAGCACAUCAAGAGACACGACUCGGACGCCCGUGAGGGACGAACAGACACAAGGAACCAAGAAACCUUCUUGAAUGGAACUUCGUCGCGGGAAGCCCAUGCCAAACAAAAGGCCCUCGCCCAAGACCGCAAAGCGGCCAAACCGAACGCCGACUCUAUUGCUCGCAGUAAAAAGAUUUGGGAAAGACUUCGCCGCAAAUCUCAUGUUCCUAAGACAGAGCGGGAGCAACUAGUCAAGGAGCUCUUCGAUAUCAUAUCUGGUCGAGUCAAGGAUUUCGUUUUCAAACACGACGCCGUGCGGGUUAUACAAUGCGCACUAAAAUACGCAACGCCCGCACAGCGCAGGCAAAUUACGCAAGAGCUGAAAGGACACUACCGCGAACUUGCGGAGAGCAAGUACGCAAAGUUUCUCAUUGCCAAAAUGGUUGUGGGCGACGAGGAGAGUCGCGAUGCUGUCGUAACCGAAUUUUACGGGCACGUCAAGAGGCUUGUUCGACAUCCCGAAGCGAGUUGGAUUCUCGACGACAUCUACCGGACGAUUGCAACGAAAUCCCAAAGGUCAAUUCUCUUGAGGGAAUGGUACGGGGCAGAAUUCGUCGUCUUCUCAAAGAACAAUACCACCCAACAAGAUGGGGAAGAAGUCACUGCCGAUUUGAGUGAAAUCUUGAAAGUACACCCGGAGAAACGAGGACCAAUUAUGCAACACCUCAAGGAGAUGACGAAUCAGCUUGUGCAGAAGAAGACGACAGGCUUUACAAUACUACAUGAUGCAUUGCUGCAAUAUUUCCUAAACGUCAAACCCGGAAGCCCUGAACAGACGGAAUUCCUUGAGAUGUUGCGAGACGAUGAAGAGGGCGAUUGCUACAAGAACCUUGCGUUCACACGAUCUGGGUCGAGGCUCGUCUGCUUAGCGCUUGCGUAUGGUAACUCGAAAGAUCGAAGGACAAUACUCAAGUUCUUCAAGACGCAUAUGAAGCUGCUUGCAGGUGAUGUUUACGGACAUACAAUCCUGCUCACUGCAUAUGAGGUCAUCGACGAUACGGUGAUGACGGCCAAAGCGAUCUUCCUGGAGAUACUGGUUAAGGAUCUCGAUCGUGACGCACGAGAACAGGAGCUCAUGUCCCAAAUCGAGCACCUCAAUGCGCGGAUACCACUUCUGUACUUGAUGUCGCCGGAACCGCCGAAAUGGUUAAUCCCAAAAGGUACAGACACCGAGAGCAUUAUCACUGAAGUCAGGGAGCUCCGAACUGGCACUUCGAAGAAAGAUCCCGAGACAAGACGAGUGGAAUUGCUCAAAGCUAUAUCUCAGCCUUUACUGGAUUUGAUAGCCUCGCGGGGCGCAUUCCUCGCCCAAUCAAUGCUGGGAUGCCAAUUUGUCACGGAGGUGUUGUUCGGAGCAGUUGGUGACAAACAAGCCGCUCUCGACGCUGUCGCUGAUUUUGCGGCUGGUGAUGAGGCAUCAGAAGAGAACAAAGAGAUCAUCACGAUGCCAGCAGUUGGACGUAUGUUGAAGUCGCUGGUUCAAGGUGGACGGUUCGAUAAAGCCUCGAACAAGGUGGUCCCAGUUGACCCGCCCCUAAAAUUUGGCGACUUGUUGUUCAGCAAGAUCAAUGCCAGCUCGGGAGCUGAAGCAUUGAUUAAUUGGGCCAACGGGCCGAAUUCAUUUGUUGUACUGGCGAUGCUGGAAGCCGAGGACUUCAGUCACAAAGACGAACUACUUGGUGUGUUGAAGAUGCAUGCUUCUUCGUUGGAUAAGGAGAACCAGGGUGCAAAGAUCAUUUCCGAAAAGCUCGGAGUUGGAAACAAAGGGGACAAUAGUACCAAAGACUCCAACAGCAAGGGCAAGACGAAGAAAGACAGGAAGUCGAGGUAGUAGCUGGCUUCUAGCUCACGACAGUCUCAUAAUACGUGGGAUACGAUGGUGUAGUUUACGAACAGAUGGUUCUUCAAGAAUGGCUA